AUGGAAGAGUGUGAAACUGAGCAAGAAUUUAGCGCUGGAGAAUUGAGUGUUGAUGAGUCGUUUAUUGAAAAUGAGUCACCUCCUCCUCAUGAAACAAAAUUUACUGCAUUUCUCAAAGACUUCGACGACAUUAAAACUACGCUCAAAUUUAUCAGUGACAAAUAUGAUGAUUUAGACAAAAAAAUUAAUGAUGUCAGCAAGCGCGUAACCAAGACAGAACAGCAACUGAAAUCCAUACAAGCCUCUGAAGCACGUAUCUCUGAAUUAGAAACCAAACUGGCUGAAUUUGAACAAAAAUCUCGAUAUUGCAAUAUCGAGAUAAGUAAUCUGCCUGAAAAACGAAGCGAGAACUUAAUACAAAUACCGGAGAAUAUUGCUAAAGUCAUAAAGCAAUCAAUUCCUGCUAAAGACAUAGUUACAAUUCAUCGUGUACCUCAUUAUGAAAUCUAA